AGAGGGGGGCCAGCGCCCGCCGGCCCUCCAGCCCAGCCCGCGGAACGAUGGAGCGCCUGCCUCUCCAGCCGGCCUGGGCUCUGCUGGCCGCCUUUCUGCUCGCCUCCUCGGCCACCGGUGCGGACGAAGCCCCUUCCAAGAACAAGCAGCAGCCCGCUCCGCCCUGCACGCUGUCUGGCACGUGGGUGAACGACCUGGGCUCCAGGAUGGUCAUCUCUGCGGCCAACGCGGCCGGCGUCUUCUCGGGCUCCUACCUGACGGCCGUCAGCAGCGCCAACCAGGCCAUCGCGGAGUCGGCCCUGCAGGGCGCUCAGCACGACCCCGCCCAGGACGCCCAGCCCACCUUCGCCUUCACGGUCCGCUGGGCCUUCUCCGACUCCGCCACCGCCUUCGUGGGCCAGUGCUUCGUGGACCAGCAUGGCGAGGAGACCCUGGAGACCCUCUGGCUGCUGCGCCAGAACGUGCCCUCCCGGAGCGAGGACUGGAAGGCCACCCGGGUCGGCAAGAACGUCUUCACGAGAGUCAAGUGAGAGGGGCCGGAAUGCGGCCCUCCCCCUGGGCCCGGGCAUCUCGGCCAAUAAAGCACCCCCAGCAGUGA